AUGAAGAAGAAGUCAAGUGACAUGGAAACUGUCGACUCUAAGCGUCUGCAACUCCCAAAGCUUUCUGUCUUCUGGGACAAGCACCGCGCCUUCUUAUCCUCCGCCAACUCAAAGCUUCAAGAGUUAACUGACCUUCUGAAGUCUUACUCAUCAUUUCUUACUGAAAAUAUCGACCAAGCCUUUGUGCCCCAAGGAAACAAAGGAGUGGCUGAACCCAUUGUGAGUGGACUCCAAUUUUUGGUCACAAACUUGGACGCGUUACAGCAGGAUAUCCUCUCGACUGUUGGGAAGACGGAAGAGAUGACAUUUGACUUGAAACAAUUAAAGAAACUGUUUGAGAAGACGAAGAACCAAGAAACACUGACGACGGCUUUCUAUAACUUUACCACGAAAAGCAGUUUUGAGAUUCCAUUGCUCUAUGUCAACUUCUUUAACUCGUUUUAUAACUUUGGAACGACCGUCGACGUCUAUUUUUCGUGCAAUGACAAACUGAAUGCCGUCAAAGAGAAGUCGAGGAACGAAAAACAGAAUUUUGUUAUUACGAGUGUUGCGCCGCAACGAAACGUCUCGUACUGCGGGACGAAACUUAAAGAGAUAUUGGAGUUGGAGGGGAGACUCCCGACACAACUUCCACAAGUGAUUGAAACGAUGAUCAACUACUUAUACACGAAAGGGUGCGGGACUUAUGGGAUCUUCCGAGACACAACACAAAAGAUGAAAAUUGAAGUCGACGAUAUUUAUCAUCGCAUGGGGAUCACCGAUUUUGAAGAUCUUCCGCCAGAAGUUGUAGCGAAUGUUUUAAAGAAGUUCUUGAGAGAGAUGAAAGAGAAAAUAUUUCCAUAUGAAGUGACGAGUUGGAUGUUGAAGGAAUGGCAGAAGACACGAGGGUCUAUUCAAUGUCACGAUGAGCGAUUUAAACUGAUUCAAAAAGCAAUAGAAAAGCUCUCUGAAGAGAACACGACUGUGUUAAAGAGUCUAUUAAAGUUGUGUUGUAAAAUUGAUUCCUUGUCGGAUUCGAAUGGGAUGAGCUUUAAGAAUCUUGCAGUCUGCUUUUCACCAGUGUUGCUGACAUUUUAUAAAGACGAGAAGAACACAAACAACAAAGAAAUAAUUAACAACGACGUUGUGUGGGGGAUCGAGGUCGUCACGUUCUUACUCUGUGAGUAUUCACACUUAUUCCCAACAGAGGUCGAUGAGAAUGUGAUGAGACUUUCUAUGAAGUUAUCUCGGAAGAACGUUGUGACUUUGACUCAAUUAAUGAAGGACGAAGACGUGGUAUUGCGAGCGAUAAGUAAUAAUAAUGAAAAGAAGAAAUUGGAAACAAAAGAAGUUGUAACGAGUCAUGGAAAGUCAUUGAGCGAAGGAAAUGAAAUGAAAAUGGAAGCUUAUGAAGUCGAGAGAAAAGCAAGAAGUGACGGAAAUGAGGAGAAGAGUGACUUGGAUGGAAUUGACAAAGAAGAGAAAGAAGAAUUCCAUUCAAAUACAGAUGGCGUUCUUAAAAGUGAUGAAAUACUUCAAGAACUUCCUCCUCUCCCUCCUCCAAGAAAAAGAGGGAAAAUUCAAAACGAUCUUUUGGUCACUCAACCUACGGAAGUGAUUUGA